ACCUGGCGCGGUGGGCUGGCAGCGGCAGCCUCUCCGCACACCCACCCGCGGCGCCCGCACCGCCAGCUCCUGCGGUGCCCUUCCCCUCCCGCCGCGCCGCGGCCAGCUCCGUCCUCUUCCCCCGCUCCCGGAGCACCCCGGCGGGGGCGGGAGAGCCGCUCCCCUCCGUGCCCGCCCCCGCCGCCUCCCGGGGCUGGCCGCCGAGGCAUGAAGAGGAGGCUCCCGGGCGGGAGGGGGCUGAGGCGGGUCCAGGCCCUGCGCGGCUGCCGACCGGCCGCCCCAUGCGGGCUCGGUCCCGCCGCCAGCCCUCGCCGGGAUGGAGAUGCCCGCUUGCUGCCUGCGCCGCCGCCGGCUCCCCGUCCUGCUGCUCUGGGUUAAUGGUCUAAUGACGCUCGGAUUCGCAGGUGCAUAUCAACAGCCUCGUCUCUGCAAUGAAUCUCUCAUGUUAGAAAAGUUGCCUGCCUGUGGGAAAUCCUUUGAAGAGAUGAUGAAGAAAGUGGACUCCAAAAAAUGGUGCAACCUGACAGAAUUCAUCAUGUAUUAUGACAACUUUACCCAGUGCACGGAGCAGGAAGCCAACAGUGCCAGCUGCUUUUGGCCGAACCCCCUCGCCGAGGGCUUUAUCACUGGAAUCCACAAACAAUUCUUUUCAAACUGUACUUCAGACAAGGUUCACUGGGAAGAUCCACCAGAUGAAAUUCUCAUCACUCUCAUCCUGAUCCCAGUCAUGUUGACGUGUGCCAUGAUAACACUGGUAGUGUGGUGCAGCAAGAGAAGUGAUAUCCUGGUGUAAGCUGCUCCUAAAGGCUUGUUGUUUUCUCCAUUUCCUCCUUCCCAAAACCACAAAGGAAAGAGGACAAAGAGAGAAGCUCUGUGUAAGGAUUUCACAUCUGCUAAGAUGGACCUGUGAGAUACUGAGGCAGAGACAAUGCUCCUGUGAGCAAAGAGCUGCCUGCUGCCAAAGGUCACUGCUCCUGAGCUUGGCCAUCGGUGUUGCUGGUGCAAAGCUCUCUACUUCCGCUGGACCUCACUAUCAUGCAAUUCAGAAGCAGCUUCCAGAAACAAGAGAGUGUCCAGGGGAAUAGACCUCUUAACUGCAGAAAGGGUAGAGUGACUUUCCCGUGGGUAAUGCUGCUUGGCAGAGAGGUUUUGCAAGCCCACACGAGAGCAUGUUCACAUCAUGGUGUGACCCUGACCGCAGGGCAGGCGACAUCCCUUCAGCCUUUCUGCAGCACGCUUCAGAUUGUCACCUGUGAUCUCUGGGACUUAGGUAGAAGAUCCCUGGCAAAGGAACUGAACAUGGAUCUAAUGAAAUAGUAGCUUUUCCUAGAAGGAAGCCAGAACUAUCAAGAACUGGAGAUACUGACCUGGCAAAGGAGCCAUGCCUGUGUCCAGUGACUGUGCCUGCAUGGGAGUUACAAUGCCGCUUUGCGCCAUCCUUCUUAACGUGCUUUUGAGCGUGGCUGCUCGGAGCUCUGUGGCUUACCAGCAAACCUUGGGGAGCUCCACAGUUCUCAUUUUACAGAGCUAGAAAACAGGAGGGCACAUGGAUUAUAAAUCUGUGAAGGAGUAGUGAAGAAACUUUCAUAUGCCAAACGAUUUUUCCUCUUUUCUAAUUAUUCUUCCUGACGACUUUUGUUCACUGUGUGCUCCCCUCUCUCAUUUCAGUUUGUGAAAGUGAUACCCCCCCCCACAAACAGAGAGGUCUCAUCAUGACUGAGGUGCCUUCCAGGAUAGAAUUUUUGUACAUAGAUAAUUAUUCAUCCAGUGAAGAAUGUGGGAGCUAAAGUCUGAACAUCAGAGCCUGGAGCAGAUAUAGGAGGAAAAGGAAAACAGUUCUACUGAGAAAUGUUGUUCUAUAAAGUUAUUGCUAAGUGACUGUUUAAAUAAAGAUCAUAUGCCCCAAAUAAA